UAGCGACCACUCGUUUUCCGAGUUAGUGCACAAUGCACAUAAAAACACAGUGUGUGUUGCUGGUUGUGUUCAGUGUGUGCAACGACGGUAAACUGUUCACGCGUUGCAAGUUGGCAGCCGAGUUGAUGAAACAGAAAAGUAUUGAAAAAACUUUUCUUGGAAAUUGGGUGUGCCUAAUUGAGAAAGUGAGCAACAGGGAUACGAAGGCUUUCGUCGUCACGCCGAGCGGGAAGAAAUAUUAUGGACUUUAUCAGAUCCCUAGCCGCUGGUGCCGGUCGGGGAAGAAAGGUGGCGAAUGCAACAUCGCCUGUGAAUCGCUGCUAGAUGACGAUAUUGCGGACGACACGGCGUGCGCUGUCGACAUCUUCCACAAAGAGGGCUUCAAGUACUGGAACCAGUGGACCAUGCGGUGUAAGAACGACGAUACCAUCACAAAGGAAAUAUACAAAUGUCCAGACCUGAGCUCGCCGCGGUCUAGCCCCGAGCGAGACCUCUACGCUGAGAGGCUUAGGAAACGAAGACGGCUGGUUAGAAGCAAAGCGCAAUAUAUCAGACAAGUGUACGGAGUACAUGCUUAAUGCAA